ACCCCCCCAACUAAAGCUUAACAGGUUGGUGGUAUAAUUUGGAGACUUUAAGGGGUGUCAUGCUAGGAGCUUAGGCAAGAGCCAGGCACUGUCCUCUCACAGGCGAGUAAGAGGAGCAGGGACGUGGAAGCAGGCAAGGUAGGUAACGUUUGUCAGGCAAGUUUGAGAGGGGCCUGGGGCCAUGAGUGAGCUGGGCACGCAGAAGACUGGUGAUGGCACCGUUUCCCGCCUGCUCAACGUGGUGGAAAGAGAGCUGCAGGCAGGGAGGGAAAAAGGCGACCCUACAGAGAAGGAGCUGCAGAUCACCUUGGAGGACGCCCCUCUCUGGCAGAGAUUCAAGGAAGUCACUAACGAAAUGAUCGUGACCAAGAAUGGCAGACGAAUGUUCCCCGUUCUAAAGAUUAGUGUCACGGGGCUGGAUCCCAAUGCUAUGUACUCCCUCCUGCUGGACUUUGUCCCAACGGACAGUCAUCGCUGGAAGUACGUCAACGGGGAGUGGGUGCCCGCGGGCAAACCGGAGGUCUCCAGCCACAGCUGUGUCUACAUCCACCCGGACUCCCCCAACUUCGGGGCGCACUGGAUGAAGGCACCCAUCUCCUUCAGCAAAGUCAAGCUCACCAACAAGCUCAACGGAGGUGGGCAGAUAAUGUUGAAUUCUCUGCAUAAAUACGAACCCCAGGUUCACAUCGUGCGUGUGGGGGGGGCCCAUCGAAUGGUGAUGAACUGCUCCUUCCCUGAGACCCAGUUCAUAGCUGUGACGGCCUAUCAGAACGAGGAGAUAACAGCUCUGAAAAUCAAGUACAAUCCCUUUGCCAAAGCCUUCCUGGACGCCAAGGAAAGGAAUCACCUCAAAGACAUUCCAGAAGCUAUCGCUGAGAGCCAGCACGUGACCUAUUCUCACUUGGGAGGCUGGAUCUUUUCCAGUCCGGAUGGAGUGUGCACAGCAGGAAAUGCCAGUUACCAGUAUGCGACCCCUUUGCCUCUGUCCGCGCCCCACACCCACCAUGGCUGCGAGCGCUAUCCUGGCUUCCGAGGACACCGGCCGGCCCCCUACCCUUCUGCGUAUGUGCAUAGAAACCAUUCUCCGUCAGUGAAUUUGAUAGAGAGUUCCAGCAAUAAUCUGCAAGUUUUCUCCGGAGCUGACAGCUGGACGUCCGUGUCCUCCACACCCCACGCCAGCCUCCUGUCUGUACCCCACACCAGUGGACCUAUCAAUCCUGGGCCCAGCCCCUACCCGUGCCUGUGGACCAUCAGCAACAGCGGUGGGGCUCCUGCAGGCUCAGGCCCAGAGGUGCACACCGGGUCCCCAGGGGCCUUUCUCCUGGGCAACCCCACUGUGACUUCACCCCUUUCCACCCAGGCACCCCCUUCUGCUGGUGUGGAGGUUCUGGGGGAGCCCUCACUGACCAGCAUUGCGGUGUCCACCUGGACAGCAGUGGCCUCGCAUCCCUUCUCGGGCUGGGGUGGCUCCGGAGGGGCCGGACGCCAUUCUCCCUCCUCGUUGGACAGCUAGGCAGGCGCCUAGGGAAGGUGUCAGCAGGGAACCUGUGUGUGUAGGGCACUUAGGAACCCCAUCUAUGAUUCCAGUGCGUCCGACUGCGGGGUCUGCCCACCCAGCGAGCUGGAGGGUGGGGUGGGUUCGACCAGAAGUCUCCUGGAAGAUUCUUUAGUGUGGAUGAUGCUCAUUAUGUCUCUUGCUGCUCUUCUGGAAUUUUCCUUUUGUACUUCCGUUUUCUCUGCAACUUAUCCGUGCUAUGCUUAGGCAACACAAGUUCAUUGAGGACCUUCCGGUGCCCUGCCCCGUGCUCUGAAAUAAUGCCAGAACGCUGUACUUCCUGUUCCGUGAGGUGUUGCAAAGGGAUGGCGUUUACCUAGCCUCAGGUCACGGCCUCGCAGCUCUGCGCAGCCUGGAAAGGAUGUGUGGCCCCAGGGUUUCUGCUUCGAGUGUGAAAUGAACAAAACUGGAGCUAAUCCUGUGCUGGAGCAGUGUGCCUGGGACCGAGGAAAUGAGGCCGUCUCAUUCCCGUGCUCGGAAACCUUCGAUGGCCGGCCGGUGCCUGCGGAAUGAAGUCACAUCUCCUCACUCCCAGGACAGCCUCAAACCGUGUCCAGCUUUAGCUCCCUGUGACCCUUUAGCGUCCUGUAUUUCAGUCGGGGCAGGCAUGCUGCCUUGGUUCUCUGCACAUUCAGUGUGCUUCUCACACCACUAGACCUUCUCCUGUGCCUGAGCUGUCCUCGUCUGUCCAGUCCCACCUGUGUUAACCCUGCCCGUGUCCCGGGGACCGGCCGAAGCACCACUCCCUGCAUGCAACAUCCGACCUGCCCGGCACACGGUCUCCCUGCUCCCUGCUGUCCCCCCGGUUUUGCCUGUCAGAAUGCUUGCCUCAUUCUGCCUGUAUAUUCCUUACCUGCGUGUGUGUCUCUCUCCCACUAGACUGUAAGCCCCCUGUGGGUGAGGUCUAGUCCUGUCUUUGUACCCACAGCUCCUGAUCCUGUGUGUGCUUUGCCAAUUGUAGGUGCCCAAUAAACAUG